CAAGUUUCAGUUCGGUUUUAGGUGGCAAAGUCAAAGGGUGUUGCGAAUAUGUUGUCAACGAAAGCUGUUAUCCUUUUGCUCUGCUGCUCCUUAGCAGCUGCCAGCGAGCUGCAGAAAGGAACUGUGAGUGGCUCAGCGCCUCGCAAUUGCUACAGCUGCGAGGGCGUCAAUUGUCAGCGAACCACGCGGCAGAAUGCGACAGUCAGGUGCAACGAUCUGCUGGAUAUUUGUGUGACUGUCUACGAGGGCUUUAGGGUCAGUGAGCGGGGCUGCCUGCUGGAAAUUUCGCUAGCUGCGCGAUCCAAGUGCCAGGCACGCGAUCCGCAAUGCCAAAAGUGCACCGGAGAUCUGUGCAAUAAUCAAGGACGCGUCGACUAUCAGUGCAUACAGUGCAACGGCUCAGAUGACGCCAAGUGCAACUUGGGCGGCGACAGCAUCAGCCCCGCCCAAUGCCCAGCGCCCACGGGCAACAACGCCUAUUGCUAUGUGAAGGCCUCUGGCUCACAUCUGCAAAGAGGCUGUGCUCUGAGCGCCAAGGAGCAAAUGAGCUGUCUUCAGGCUAGCGACUGCAGCCUGUGCCUGCCCGAGAACGGGCGUGGCUCCACUGCGUGCAACAAUUACGUGCUGGACUACAAAGCCAGCGGUGCCCAGGGACAGCAGGUGUUUGGCUUACUGCUGGGCCUGAUCACUCUGCUAACCAUACAAUUCAAUUAGUGUAAUUUGAAAAUUAAAAAAAAAAAAAAUAUUAUCAAUGUAAUAAAGAU